UUUUACAAAUUCACUACAUAACCAAUGUUUCAUGUCCUGUAAAGCUUUGAGGAGGCUGCCUGGAAGCUCUGUGGACUGUGCUAAUCAGUGAAUUCAGUGAGAUUAGUUUUCUUACCAUCCUGAUGUUUUCUUUCUCAUUUAAGAGACUCUUACUAAUUGCUCUCGUAUCACUGCUGAGUGACGGCGAGGUGGCUGCAGGUGCUCAGUAUUCCUGGAAGGCAAAUUGGAUCAGUAGGUAGCUUUGGUGGUGGAAAAACAUCACCUGGACUUAGAUUCCCCAAGCAGGGAGGAAUUUGGAGGCUUGGGGUUGUCACAGUCAUUCCUGCUGGGAACGUGCUGAGGUAUUAAAGUCCUGUGAGGCAGUUUAGUGUUUAGGGUGUGUUAAAACCACGCUCAGGCUCAGCUAGCACCGAGGCAAGGCUCAGUAUAAAAGUAACAAGUGUCAGAGUGGAUGAUACUUGAAAGAUACAAUUGCCUCAAGUGUUUAAUUGUGCCUUAACUGGUAAAAGAACUUCUAUUUCUGUGCCAACACAAUUUGAGUCUUGCUCUUUUCUCCUCUAAAAAACUCUUGUUCGGAGCUGCCUUUUUGAGCUUCUUGACAUUCAGAAUUUCCUUUUGUCACCCACCCCAGAGGGCAGCUGUGGUUUGCUAAUUGGGGUGAAUUCUGCCAUUAUUCUUCCUCUCUGCAGCCUUGUUUUCCUUCCAAAGCAAAGGAAAACCCCUCAGAACUGAACAACCAUGGCACAGUGUGCACAGUGUUAGGUCUGUUCUCUGCAAGCACUGCCAACUUCCCUCACUGCUGAUUGCAGUCAGCAGCUUUUCUUCUCCAGGCUGCAGCUAAAAAAGGAUUUGUGAGGUUUGUAGGAGAACAGAAUCAAUCCACAAAAAUCCCAAAACCAUUCCACAAAAUCCCUCAAUCAAAUCCAGGUGGAGACGAGGCCUGGCUGAGAGUAUCAGGACAGAAGGGCUGAGAAGUUCAGAGCUGGUAUGGAUAAACACUGGGGAUUGUGCAAACACUUCAUGAGGAGUGUUUAAGCCUUGAGAGAGGAUCACAGAUGCCUCAUGGAUGUCCCUCUGAAAUGAGCAGGUGGCUCUCCAGAUGCUUGUUAAUAACUCAAUAACCCAUAUCUUCCAGAUAAUCGUUAUGUACCUUCAGGUAUUAGAAUGUGAACGUAACCAACACCUGGUCCAGACCUCAUGGGUAGCCUCUGAGGGUAAGUGACUAAGACUUCUCCUCUGCUGCCCAUGGUGCAGGGAUAGCUGCCGUCUUCAGUCAACCCAAAGCUCUCCAAAGAGAAGGCUGGCUCUAGACAGGUGGUAUAUACAUGAUAGUAGAGUAACUGGCCAACUGCUUCUUGUGCUUAUAUUUUUAUUUUUUUUACUCUGCAUUUUUUGAUUGUUUGUAUAUUUGAUAACCUGAGUGUUGAAGUUCUGAAAUUUGAUUUUUUUUUCAUGUUCUAUUUCUCUUAACUGUUAUAAUGUGGUGUGUUUCUUAUAUGAUAAAUUGAAUUAAGGUGGGGUUUAAAUCUUUAAAAGGGAUGAGUUAACAAAAAAAAAAAAGGAAUAAUUUGAAAGAUACUAUUAUCUCAAAUGUUUAAAUGAAAAAACUAGUACAUGUGUGAAGCUUGGACACAAAAUGUGAUAUUUAGAGACACUUCCCAGAAGCAUUGCAUGGAGCAGUGGAAUGGGAGUUGUGGACUGCCAGGAAUCUGCUGGUUAUGAAAAGAGGGGAGGUGAGGGAGGGAAUUACCCCAGCUGAAAAAGGGGUCAGGUAUUACAAUAACACAUCUGUGUGCUCGUGUUUGUUGCUUCCAGUACCUGAAAACUGGUGGGUAUCCAGUAUAGUUGGUUUUUGAAAUGUGCAUUUUUACGACAUGACCUUUUUCUUAAGCUAUUGUGACAAGGAUUCAUUUCCUCCUGUGUCUGGCUGAGCCCACAGGGAAGAUGUGCAGAGGCCAAACUUGGAAGCUGGCAUGGUUCUCAAUUUGGCAAAUCAGGAAAAAAAGCACUGCAGCUUCCAGAUGUUCCAAGUCACCCUUUCCUUUAUCACUCCUUUGUGCUCUCUUUGUAGUGAGACAAGAGCAGGUUGAGAAGUUCCUUUCUCCCAGAAGGAUGAGCUAAUGGUCAGUGUUGCUUUUUUGGAGCAGCAGUUGUUGUUUGUGUAACCAAGAAUUGAGGACAGCUGGGGCAGGUGGGAGUUGGAAACUCCUGGGAUUCCAAUCCCUCCUCUCUGUCCUUGUAAACAUUGCAGGUGCCUGGCCUGUGGUCUCUGCUUUGGAUAUCUUGGGGGUCAGUGAAUCCUUGUAUACUGGGUACCCACAUGGUUAAUUAUUACCUUCAAGUAUUAUUUUAAAGACUUUUAUUAUGUCUGGUUUUAGUUUUUCUCCAUCUGAUACUUUAUUGACAUAUGUGCUCCCAAGUCUAGAUCUUCUAAAGCACAUCAGCUGACAGAUUCACAGGAAUUUACUUUGUGUAUUUAAGAUUUAACAGCAUAAUGCUUAAUUGUACUGACUGGAAUAUGUGCAAUAUUUUACAGUUUUCUCAUUCUGUGAAUAUUCAUUUUAAGCAACCUUACUGAAAUGGGACAAUUUGGAAACCUUAUUUCAUGUGCCAAAGAGGAGAUCUGCCUGAGUACUGACUGUUCUCCUGAACUGAUGUUCCCAAACACCCUGAUUUCUCCUAUGGCUGACUUUUUGCAUCAAAAAGAAUUCUCUUCUGGAUGGAAAUGGACCCUUAAAUGCCACUGGAACUUGACCUGUGCUGAAGAGGACUGGAUUUCAUGGGAGAACUGCUCCAGGAGCUGCAGCUUUUUCCAGACACCUGGUUCUGCCCAAUUACAGGGGAACAUGCAAACCUAAAAUUCUAUAACUGAGUAUUUCUGAGCACACUGUAUGUUGUCUUGAUGAAAAUAACUUGUUUAUUGCAUGAGAGCAGGCCAGUAGAGAUCUAGCAGCAAAAGUGAAGUUAAAAUUGGUUCUCUCCUCACCACUGAAUUUUCAGCAGUCAGACUUUGUUUCUGUCACAUGUCCCUCCCCUUGAGGGAUUUAUUUUAGUUAUUUUAUUUUUGUUUUAGUAAAAUCAUUCAGCUUCUCUUUAGAUUUACAGGAGUAGAAUGUUGAAGUCUAGUAACUGAAUGCAGAAAGAAAUAGCCCUUGUAGAAGUAAAACCAAGUCAAAAACCCAAAAAAAGAACCCCAGAGAGCUUUGCAGUGCCUUGCAACCUCCUGCUCUCCUGUUUUUCAGGAACUACAUGAACGACAGCCUGAGAACAGAUGUCUUUGUGAGGUUCCAGCCAGAAAGCAUUGCCUGUGCCUGCAUUUACCUGGCAGCCAGGACCCUGGAGAUCCCACUUCCAAAUCGCCCACAUUGGUUUUUACUGUUUGGAGCAACUGAGGAAGAAAUUCAAGAAAUCUGCUUAAAAAUCUUGCAGCUGUACACAAGGAAAAAGGUGGAUUUAUCUGAUCUGGAAAGUAAAAUAGAAAAGAAGAAAUUGGCUAUUGAAGAGGCAAAAGCACAAGCUAAAGGUCUGGCACCUGAGGGAGUUCCAAGUUUGGAUAACACAUCGGGAUUUUCCCCUAUUCCAAAAAAUGAGUCUCCAAAAGAGGUUAAAGGAAAUAAACCUUCACCACUGCCUGUGCAGGCCAUGAAGAAUGCUAAAAGGAAAACAGAGGGAGCCAAGAGAACCAGCUCCAACAGCCCAGUAAAUGGUGUCCAGAAAGGGAGAGAGAGCAGGAGUCGAAGUGGAAGCAGAGAUCAGAGUUACUCCAGGUCACCAUCGAGGUCUGCAUCCCCCAAGCACAGGAAAAGCGAGAGUUACUCCACGUCCAGCGGCUCCAAGUCGCACAGCCGCUCUCGGAGCCGCAGCGAUUCCCCCCCGAGGCAGUUCAACCACGGCUCCUCGGCCUACAAGGGCUCCAAGGCGCGGAGCUACAAGAAGUCCAAGGACUACACCAAGUACUCGGCGCACAAAGCGCGCAAGUCCCGCUCGCGCAGCUCGUCCCGCUCCCGCAGCCGCUCCCGCGAGCGCUCCGACCACUCGGGCAAGUACAAGAAGAAGAGCCACUACUACCGCAACCACCGGCACGAGCGCUCCCGCUCCUACGAGCGCGCCCAGCACCGCUACGAGCGCGAGCACCCCGGGCACAGCCGGCACCGCCGGUGAGCCCCCGCCUGCUCCGGGGGUGUUGGCACCGGUGAGCCCCCAGAGCUGCUCCCAGGGGGUGUUGGCACCGCUGAGCCCCUAGAGCUGCUCCUGGGGGAAUUCCUGCUGGUGAGCCCUGCUGGGACUGCUCCUGGGGGAAGUUGGCACCAGUGAGCCCCCAGAGCUGCUCCCGGGGGGAUUCCCUCUGGUGAGCCCUGUUGGGGCUGCUUUCCAAGGGAAUUCCUGCUGGUGAGCCCUGCUGGGGCUGCUCCCGGGGGGAGUUGGCACUGCUGAGCUCCCCAGAGCUGCUCCCGGGGGGAUUCUUUCUGGUGAGCCCUGCUGGGGGCUGCUCCUGUGGGAAAUUGUCACUGCUGAGCCCCCAGAGCUGCUCCUGGGGGAAUUCCUGCCAGUGAGCCCUUCUGGGGCUGCUCCCGAGGGAAUUCCUGCCAGUGAGCCCUGUUGGGGCUGCUCCCAGGGGGAUUCCUGCUGGUGAGCCCUUCUGGAGCUGCUCCUGUGGGAAAUUGUCACUGCUGAGCCCCCAGAGCUGCUCCCGGGGGGAUUCCUGCUGGUGAGCCCUGUUGGGACUGCUUUCCAAGGGAAUUCCUGCUGGUGAGCCCCCAGAGCUGCUCCCGGGGGGAUUCCUGCUGGGACUGCUUUCCAAGGGAAUUCCUGCUGGUGAGCCCUGUUGGGGCUGCUCCUGGGGGGAAUUGUCACUGCUGAGCCCCCAGAGCUGCACCUGGGGGAAUUCCUGCUGGGUGAGCCCUUCUGGGGCUGCUCCCAAGGGAAUUCCUGCCAGUGAGCCCUUCUGGGGCUGUUUCCCAAGGGAAUGCCCACCAGCGCUGCCUUCUGAGGGAAUUCCCUCUGGUGAGCUGGGGUGGUUUCCUGAGGGAAUUCUCUCUGGCACCCCAGGCACAGAACUGGGGGCUGCUUCCCAAGGGAAUGCCCACCAGGGAUUUCCCUCCAGCACCCAGGCACAGUUGGUGAGACAGGGCUGCUUCCCUCAGAAUUCCCUCUGCCAGCAGAGCUCCUUCCCCGUGGCUUGUGCAGGCUUAACCUGGCUAGUGAACCACCCUGGCUGGAGGCAGCAGUUUGUGCUCAUCCCUGAAUGCAAAGGAAAGACUGACAGGGUGGGAAGGGAUGUCAGCAGUGCUCUGUGCCAGGGUGUCACUGUCACCUUCACCCUCAGAGCUCCUGUCCUGCUCUUCAGCAUUUCCAUUGCAGCCUUUGGGCUUCCAGUCCUGCAGGCCCAUCCUUGGAAUGCUGUGCCCAGCAGUUCUUCCCUGUGGGCCUGGGAAGCUCCUCAUCCCCCUGGGAGUACUUUGGUGCUAACAAUGCCCUCUUUCCAUGCUGGCUCGGUGAUGUUGUACAGGUGGGAGGUGACUUUUUUUUUUUUUAGACCUGUUGCCUAUAUUAGGUUCUCUGUGUAUAUAUAUUUUGCAGUGUUACAGUACAGUAUGGGAAAAUGGCCUUCCUAGCCUUUACACUUUACCCACAAUGUAAAUAAGCAUUUGUUUAAUACAGGUGAAGAUAUAUACAGAAAAUUCAGAACUUGAAUUCUAUCAGAAAAAAAGACUUGUGUAGAAAAUUCUGAUAAAUGUGAAAGUAUUUAGCUCUGUGCAUUGAGAGUAGUAUAUUUUUAUCUGUGCAAUGCUGUGUGCAGGCCACCAGCUCAGAAGACAUUUCCUAUAUAUCCAUUUGAAGUGGUUGAAAAUUCUUUACUCAGGAUCUUUGACACUCUGAAGAAUUCGUAGUUUAUCAGUCUGCAUGCUUGAUGGACAGAGCAUUUAAAAACCAAUUAGCAGAGCCCCACAGCCCAGUAGUAUCAGUUCUAGUGGUAUAUCUGAGCUGUUACUCUCAUGCUCCCUAAUUUCAUUAAAGUAUUUGAUUUUCUAUUA